GCAGAAGAUCCCAGUUCCCCAGAUUUCCAUAAUUAAUUGUCCACAUGGGGGAUAUAUCUUAAACUGCCUCCGGUCAACAUUUAUUGUUUUUUUAGUUUCUUGUUUUCUUUUAUUGUUACGGAGAAGCCGCUUGAAGAAUUACAAAGGUCAGACAAUACCGAGAAAAGAAAACAAAAACAGGGGCGAGAGAGCGGCGCUGGAAUUCAAAGUCACGUGUAGGAUACCUACGGUACGGAAGGGUUUAGGUGGUAGAUAACCUACCAAAAGAACCGAUGCCGUAGCGCGCUCCUUUUGGGGAUUUGGGGACGAAUAACGGCCUCAACGCUGUGCAUCGCCCAAACCAUCUUCUCCAAACACUCUUUCGCAUAUCCAAGGGAGGGAAUUAAUCGCUGGAGGAACAUUCUUCGCCCCGGCGAGCGCAACCAACGACUCUUUACGCAUCCGUGUCACUAAACGAGACGAGACGAAACGAGACAAAAGGUGCUACCGAACCGUCGCAAUUGCUACCAAUUGCCGCAAGAGAAUGGCUAGACAGGACGGGAUGAGAAAUGCAAGUCAGCCUGCCUUGCAGGUCAUUGUGCUGGGCGCAAGCGGUGGGCCACGGGAGGACAAUGUCACCGCUUUCCUUGUACGGUCUGUUAGAACUAACUGGAGCCGGGGAUCGUUGGUUGCUCUCGAUGGUGGUGUUCACCUUUCCGCCAUUACUCGAAUUCUCGAGGAAACACAGCCGCCAGGCCUCGGCGCUGAUAUUGCAUUACCACAUGUCUUAAGGACAGGACCCUUUGCGGGCAUGGAAAUCCACUCUACCUCUGCGUCGGCCAACGCACUUGAUGUAUCAAGAAAUCUUGUCGACUCGUACCUAAUUACUCACCCUCACCUCGACCAUAUCAGCGGAUUCGUUCUCAACACCGCAGCUCCUCCAGGAACAAAACCAAAACGCAUCGCCGGUCUACCCUCCACCAUCUCUGCGUUCAAGAACCAUAUCUUCAACAAUGUUAUCUGGCCAAAUUUAUCUGAUGAAAAUAAUGGCGCCGGCCUCGUAACUUACAUGCGCUUAGUCGAGGGAGGUAGUCCGGCUCUUGGCGACGGAGCUGAUAGAGGCUACCUAGAAGUUAGCGACGGUCUCGCAGUUAAAGUCUUCAGCGUCAGCCACGGACAUUGCAUGGAAAGACAUGCCCAUAGGGGUUCAACGUCUUCUCGCUAUGGGAGUACAGAUUCGGGGCCGUCAGUUAUCUCCAGGAACGGUGUCAGAACUCAAUCCACGGGCGAAACCGAACGGGAAACGGAAUGCGUCUACGACUCGAGUGUAUACUUCAUCCGGGACGCACCUAGCGGUCGCGAAGUCCUGAUGUGCGGCGAUGUGGAGCCCGAUAGCAUCUCGUUGUCUCCAAGGAACAUCGGGGUCUGGCUUGAGGCGGCUCCGAAGAUCGCUUCCGGACACCUUGCAGCAAUAUUUAUCGAAUGUUCGUACGAUGACAGCCGGACGGACGACAGACUCUACGGCCAUUUAGCUCCGCGCUACAUCAUCCAAGAGAUGCAGACACUCGCCACAGAAGUCGAGAGAAUUCGCCAGAUCCCAGCUAGGCUCGAGCCGACUAAGAAACGCAAGAGGGAGCUGGAAGAAUCAGGCAGGAGAGUUAGUAGAAUCAUUGCGAGGGCUACUGUUGGACCCGUGCCAGUAGACGACAGGCCUGUGUCGCCGAAAUCGAUGCGACCACCAAAGAUCAUAAGGUCUGAGUCCAGUGAAAAUAUCGUUUCUUCGCACCUCACGGUCCCGACUGCCGAGAUGAAUUUGAAGGAUGCCAGUAUACUGCGAACUCCGAAGAUGCCCAAUGCUCUCCGAGGGCUAACGGUAGUUAUUAUUCAUACCAAGGAAAACUUCGACGGCAAAGAACCGGCAGGGGAGAAGAUAUUGAGAGAGAUACUCGCACACGAAGAGAAGGCCAAGCUAGGUUGCCAAUAUAUCCUCUCGCGAAGAGGGCAGAGCCUCACUUUCUAAUUUUCCUUUGGUUCCAUAUACGGCUGGGGAGGUGUUGGUAAAUAUAGCACUAGGUGUGCCAGCAUGCAGUGUUUGCUGGACCGGGUUAUACCCUUUUUUUUUCCCUUUAAGAUAAGUUCGUUGAUUUUUUCAACAUCUGGGCUAGAAAUGUGGCACUGGCGUUUUAGGGGUAAGCUGUCUUCGGGAUUAAGGCAGGCUUUACGGUUUCGGUUGGCGUCAGGGAGACUAGAUACCUAGAUGAGGAGUUAAAGGGCGGUCAUGGUAUAAGAUGAUGUGUAUGAAUUAUAUGAAUUGAACGAGACGGACGAUAUUUUCGCUAAAAGAUAUUUGCUACUUUUUCAUUCUACCAUGACUAUUUGAAGACUAUGGUUAUACCGCUCCGCGGUUUGAUAAAUUAGAUACCAUUAUAGGAAGAAGCGCAUACUACGUCCUAGGUUAGUGGGUUAUAGUUUAGGGAUAUCCAGUGUGAAAUUUCC